AACAACACCCCCGCCACGAGAAGAGCUAUACUGGCUGGGGAAAUCGUUCCUCAAGGUCUUACCAUGCCAGACAGGACGGUUGAAGAGCAUGGGACUGCAUCUCAUGACGUUGCUCAACUGCCUUGUGGACUAGACCUUCAGGUCAAAGGCUCAUGAAGUGGUCUUCUACGAAAACCACUUGUUUCGGUUUGAGCAUUCGGGAAGUAUUCCAGCCGUCUCUCAUAUCGCAUGAUGCUCAUGGACACCGUCUUUAACUUUUACACUGAUGGACAUCAGCUCAAAGACAUUUUUAAGUAAGAUAUUGAAUACACACGUCGGGUGUCAGUCCAAUACUAUAACAGAGUUUUUUGUAUGUUUAAUGUAUGCCAGUUAAAUAUUUGUUUUAAAACCACAUAACUUUGAUGGCUAAGUUGACUAAUUAACAUAUCAAAUCAUAAUAAGUCUUCACUAAGACCCUGUGUUGUUAUGCUUAAAUGUUCAAUUCCAGUGAGAAUUACUUGAUCGGGAAAUGUCUGUUCGUUGUUUCUGAAUGUUGUUCCACGUCCAGCAACACUCGAGCUCAUCAUUUCCAGGAUCAAAUUUCACUUCAAACCCUCUUCUGACUUCAGCUUCCACACGCUCUCGGCAGUGAGGUUUGAUAAGCAUAGCUUCUGCUAUACUGUUAUAAGAUUUCCUUUGUAAAAUAUUACGGCUAUAUUAUCAUCGUCCUGCACACGAUAGGCACCAUGCAAGUAAUCCCAAUAUUGAAUAGCUGGUAUUCAGGUAUGUACUUAAUAAUGUCACUGAGCCCACAAGUUUCGACUGCUUAUGUAUGAGAACUAUGCUAUUGCAGUGGUGUCCAAACAGCACAGUGUUUGGUGGAGCUUACCUGUAAAGAUAGUUUAAAAAGUACCACCUUAAAGUGAAUGGUAGUAGUGUUGACUUACUGUCCAUCAGUUUCUUGAGUAGUCUUGGAAAUGAUAUGACUUUAAGUGUCAUCAUAUGUAGCUCAAAAUAGCUGUUAUUGCUAUAUUUCCUCUCGGUGUUGAACACAUGGGAAUGAUUUGGUUAUAGCACUUAACUUUCAGCUGGUAGGUUACUCGUUCCAACGCCAUCCUGACCGUUUCAAUUCAAGUAUACGCGUGGUUUCAUUAACCUUCGAAAAUAAUGUAGCUUAAAGUCGACUUGGUGUCUACUUGUUGAAUGGAUUACACCAAACAUUUCUUUGCCUAUGUAGCUAAACUGUAAUGAGAACUUGUUUCUAUUCUGAAUUCAUAUUACCAGUCACGUAUCUUGUUCCCCCUCAUUACUUUUUCUACUAUUCUCUUUUAGGUUGACUCAAUAUGUCAGAUGUUGUUGAGUGUUUUGUUUGCAAAAUUAUUUUUUGUGACCAAGAGACCUAUUGGAAACAUGUUUACGAGGACGACUGUCACAAUCCGUGUAGAACUUCAGCUGCCGAUUUCAGUAAUGAUAAGAAUAACAUUCAAAAAUCUAUUGAAAGUGUGUCUAAAAUAAGCAAAAACCCAGGCAUACCAUCUACAAAUCAGGCUUCCGAUGUUUUGUUAAAAGCAUCCUCGUCUGAUAAAGCGUAUAGUAUUAAGGUACCGCUCAAAAGAAAUCCUACCAAUAAGGCUUAUUGCGAUGUUUGUCAAACCUCCAUGACUCCUUUUGAUUUAAUUCGGCAUGAGACCGGUAAGAAGCAUUUGAAAAUGUUAGAAAAAGCCAACCUAUGUGCUCCAAAGUCAGUCAACGGACAUCAAGCUGCCAACUAUUUUACUGUUAAUCAUCAAAGGAAUUCUUUUAAAGUAGAAAAUUAUUUUGACCCUAAUCAUAACCCCUGCAGCAUAACUGAGGAUAUAUCCUCGUGUAAGACUUUAUCUUCAGAGACUCCAGUGAAAUGUGAUGCCGAUUCUCAGUACAUUCCAAGUGUACGUUCGCUCUUAAAUUUUAAUGAGACAUCCGAAAAUAAUUCAAACAAAUCAGCUACUAAGUCUAUUUUACGCAGAUUGUGUAUGACGGAGAUUUCAUUACUUCUAACUCAAAUGGUUGGAGAUAUGUAUCAAAAGGCUAAUUUUUAUAGGCAAUUAAAAAUGAAAUGUCGGGACGACCUAAAUUCUAUCUUGUGUCUUGAGGUUCCUAUUCUGCCGGGCACAGUUAGUCAAGAACUCACAGAAAGAAAUCUUCCCGGACUAAACAGCAUUUAUCAUGGUGAAAGUACCUUGCUCAGUCAGUUACUUUUGUCUUGGGUCAAACAACUCCAUGCGUUAGAUAACGAUUAG